GACCCCGCGCGCGCCCGGACGCCAGCCCACCCCGGUCGUUGGAGCCCGGGCCGGGGCCCCCGGCCGCGCGCGCGCGAGGCAAGAUGUUGAGGCGCAGCCUGGAAAACCGGGACGCUCAAACCAGACAACUGCAAGAUGCUGUCACAAACGUGGAGAAGCAUUUUGGAGAGCUGUGCCAAAUCUUUGCUGCCUAUGUGCGGAAGACUGCCAGGCUGCGAGACAAAGCAGACCUUCUAGUGAACGAAAUCAGCGUGUAUGCCUCCACAGAGACCCCAAAUUUAAAGGAGGGCCUGAAAAACUUCGCUGAUGAGUUUGCCAAGCUUCAGGAUUAUCGACAAGCAGAGGUUGAAAGACUUGAAGCCAAAGUAGUUGAACCUUUGAAAGCUUAUGGAACUAUUGUAAAAAUGAAACGGGAUGACCUGAAGGCAACAUUAACAGCAAGGAAUCGAGAAGCUAAGCAGUUAACUCAAUUAGAAAGAACACGUCAGCGAAACCCAUCUGAUAGACAUGUUAUUUCACAGGCAGAAACCGAAUUACAGAGAGCUACAAUGGAUGCCACACGAACAACUCGUCAUCUAGAGGAAACUAUUGACAAUUUUGAAAAGCAGAAAAUAAAGGAUAUAAAGACUAUAUUUUCAGAAUUCAUCACAAUCGAAAUGUUAUUUCACGGCAAAGCUUUAGAGGUCUACACUGCUGCCUACCAAAACAUACAAAAGAUUGAUGAGGAUGAAGAUUUAGAGGUUUUCCGAAAUUCUCUGUAUCCACCAGAGUAUUCAUCUCGUUUAGAUAUUGUAAGAGCAAAUUCAAAGUCGCCUCUUCAGAGAUCACUGUCAGCUAAGUGUGUAUCUGGAACAGGACAGGUAUCUACCUGUCGACUAAGAAAGGAUCAACAAACAGAAGAUGAUGAUGAAGAUGACGAGUUAGAUAUUACAGAAGAAGAAAAUUAAUUUUCUUAAGUAAACUUCACAUUUCCAUUUUCAUCUUAAGUAACUUGAAAUCCAGGAUUAAUAAACUGUAAAACUUUAUACUCAAUGUUAAAAUCUCAAAACAAAAUCCUAGUAGAAAUUGAAAAAUAAUUAAAGGCAAUUUACACUUACCAAAAAUGAAGGUUUUUAAAAAAUGUUACACAUCAGUCUUUUCAACAUCCUGAUACGUGAUCAUUUUGUGUAAGUUCCACUUUUUAAAAAACGUUAUGUAUUUCAAAGGUAUUAAUGCACUGUACCUAGUUGAAGCUGCAAUAGUAGGGAGAUGACAAAAACUCAAGGAACUAACAAUUCCACUUAGCUUCUUUUAGGUUAAGACUCCAUGCUUUCAUCACCAGAAAAGGGUCCUAUGCAGUCAUUCUGGUUACAUAAAAAUUCUAUUCCAUUAAGCCUUAAGUAAAAAAUUGGAUUUUUUUUUUUACUUUUACUAAAAUCUUGUUUCAUCAUUUGACAUGUAAAUUUACUUUUCAACAAGUAUAAUUAAUAUAGGUAAUGGGACACUAUGAUAUAAAGCAUAAAUUUUGGCUUUAAAAAAAGCCACAUUCAACCUAUUCUCAAUUUAAAACAAAACUGCUGUUAAAUACUUAAGUAUUAUACAUGGUACUGCAACUUUUGGAAGGUACUAAUUUGGUAGAAUGCUGCCUCAUCAUGGAACACCAUAAAUCAUUAAAAAUUCUAUAAAAAUUUUACCAAACUACCAUCUUGUUCAUAAAAGGGUAUGCAGUUAUUACUCUUAUUCCUGAAAAUAUAAAACAGAGCCUUCCAGUAUCUGAUGCUUUUGUUUCUUUUGGUGAAGAAUUAUACUUUUAUUUCAUGGAUCCCAGUCAGGAAUAUAAAAAUUAUGGAAUUUAUAAAAUUAUUUGGAAUAACCAGAAAAAGCAAUUAUUCAUAACAGAAAAAUAAAGAUUUUCUAAAAAGCUU